AUAAGCAAUGGCGUUGUCACGUUGGCAAUGAAAGGUCUAAAGUUUUGAUGGAGGGGAAUAAGACUUGGUUUCUCUCAGUACAUUCACUCGACUCAAGUCGGCUUUUACCAAAGUCAAUCUCUGCUUAGUCUUGUAUUUUUUAUACUAUUUUUCAUAAGCUAACCCUGAUAUCGAUCGAUCAAAAUAAAACUUUAAUCUACUUGACGGAAAAAUCGUGAAAAAGUUAUAAGCCCGCGGAUAAUUGAAGUAAAAGCAAAAGUGAUAUGAAGUGUUAACAGAAAACGAACGUGGACACUGUUGUCCAGGCAUUAUUUAAUUUGUUCGAUGAAUAACCAAAGGAAUAUUGAAAAAAUAUAUCAAUGGGACUAGUUACUCUAGUGAGUACGGGUACAGUACUGAUUCCAUUACUAGCACUUGGGUUGACGUAUUAUCAAUACAACAGCGCAGAUCCUGAGUCACAUCCUACGGAUGCUAAGGAGCUAUUUCUAGUCUAUGAUUUCAUCGUCGUAGGAGGCGGAAGCGCAGGAGCGGUGAUCGCUUCGAGGUUGUCAGAGACAUCAAAUUGGACGAUACUUUUGCUAGAAGCGGGCGGUGAUGAAAAUGAAGUUUCAGAUGUACCGGCUUUGGCAGUUUACACCCAACUCUCUGAGUUGGAUUGGAAGUACCAGACAUCAGUGUCGAAUACAUCUGGGUAUUGUUUGGCGAUGAUUGGAGAUAAAUGUAAUUGGCCACGAGGAAAAGUUCUUGGUGGCAGUAGCGUUUUAAAUGCGAUGGUUUAUGUCAGAGGAAAUCGGUAUGAUUAUGAUAGCUGGGAACAACAAGGCAACAAAGGUUGGAGUUACGAUGAUGUUCUUCCUUAUUUCAUUAAAUCAGAAGACAACCGCAAUCCUUAUUUAGCAAAGACACCAUACCAUGGCACAGGCGGAUUGCUUACUGUCCAGGAGCCACCAUGGAGAACUCCAUUGUCAAUAGCAUUUAUCCAAGCAGGUCAAGAAUUAGGAUACACUUUCCGUGAUAUAAAUGGCAUGAACCAAACGGGAUUCAUGCUGACACAGGCGACAAUCAGACGCGGAAGUAGAUGUUCAACUGCUAAAGCGUUUUUGCGACCGGUUAAAAAUCGCAAGAAUCUUCAUAUAGCCAUGAAUGCUCAGGUUUUGAAAAUUUUAUUUAAUAAAGAGAAACGAGCAACUGGCGUUGAAUUUUUACGCGACGGCCGCAAACAAAUUGCCCAUGUACGUCGCGAAGUUAUUCUGUCAGCCGGUGCUAUAGGAUCUCCUCAGCUGCUGAUGUUGUCGGGCAUCGGGCCACAGGAACAUCUUGAUGAGCUAGGAAUUCCUAUAUUGUCCAAUUUAAGAGUUGGGGACAAUCUGCAAGACCACGUGGGUUUAGGCGGUUUGACAUUUUUGGUCGACGAACCAAUUACUUUCAAAAAAUCACGCUUCCAAUCAUUCUCUGUAGCAAUGGAGUACAUUUUCAAUGAACGUGGCCCCAUGAGCAAUCCAGGAAUCGAAGCAGUAGCUUUUGUAAAUUCUAAAUACGCUGACCGUUCAAUCGAUUGGCCAGACGUCCAAUUUCAUUUCGGUCCCAGUUCUACAAACUCUGAUGGAGGUGAUUACAUAAAAAAAGCUUGUAAUUUAAGAGAUCGUGUGUACAAUGUCAUGUACAAGCCGCUAGAAAAAGCUGAAACCUGGACUAUUUUGCCGCUACUAUUGAGACCAAAAAGUACCGGAUGGAUUCGUCUAAAAAGCCGGAAUCCUUUCGUGCAUCCUGAUAUAAAUCCAAAUUACUUUGCAUACAAAGAAGACAUGGAUGUGUUGGUUGAUGCCAUCAGAAUAGCCAUGGAAGUCUCCAAUACAACGGCAUUCCAGAGAUUUGGGUCACGUCCGCUCACAAUACCAAUGCCCGGCUGUCAAAAUUACGUUUUCGACAGCUAUGACUACUGGGAAUGCGCGAUAAGACACUUCACAUUUACCAUUUAUCAUCCAUCCGGAACAUGCAAAAUGGGUCCCAAACGUGACCCAACGGCUGUCGUUGAUUCCCGGUUGCGAGUUUACGGGGUCCGGGGACUAAGAGUCGCGGAUGCUUCGAUAAUGCCCACAAUCGUCAGCGGUAACCCAAAUGCGCCAGUUAUCAUGAUUGGAGAAAAAGUCAGCGACAUGAUCAAAGAAGAUUGGAGAGUUAAGAAACCUCGGAGAAGAUGAUGUUUAAAUCAAAUCUAUCAUUAGUUCAUUAUAGCAAUAAUAUAAUUUUUUUCCUCUGUAAAUUAUUUAAUUGUUAAAACAUACUCUCAUAUUUAUUUAGUUGUAUAACUGAUGUAUGUUUUAUUUGCUGUUGAUUGUCAUUACUUAAAUAAUUGGUAUGUUGGUGUACAGUUAUGUAAUAAGUAUAUAUGUAAUAAAUAUUGAUUUAUGUCAUGGAAAAAUAUAAAUGUUUAAAGUUAAGAGACUGUUAAAUCAAGAUGUAUGUAUGUAUAUUGUACUUUGAAGAAAGUCAGUAGAGGUAUUUAUAAAUAUAUAUUU